GGUCCGCCAUUGAGGGACCCAUGAUCAGGAGGAAAGGGUCAGAAGCGCUUCGACAGGCAGCAGCUGCACGUUUUCUCCAGUCUCUAACCUGAACUUUGCCGUGGACUCGCGUUUUAACUACUUUGCUCACAGUCUCGUCUUAUUUCUCGUGGAUGAUUUUGGUUCACAGCUGUUCGUGCCACCUCCAAGGAACGUGUUUUUAACCAGCAUCCAGAAGUAACGAAGCUGCGAAAACCCUCAGCUAGCAUAACGAGGCUGUAGGCUAGCUAACGUUAGCUGGCUACCUGGCUAGCUUCACACGAGCUGAGCCUUUGCUCGGUGGAGGGGCGGGGGGGCGGUUUGCCUGCAGUGUCGUUUGAUGGAUCCAAGAAUCGCCUGGUUUCAACCAGAACAACGGGGACCCGCUAACAACCUGUGGAUGCAGAUUUGGGAGACGACACAAGGGCUGGGAUAUUUGCAUGUAAAUAACAACUACACUACGGGUUCUCCUAGCACGUCGAGCCUGAAAGCGAGCGUCAACGGGGCGUCGGGGACCGCUCUCUCCGGCAAAAACGGAGCUGUCAACUCCAGCGCCGGCAGCGGUGAAGCCAGGAGUCAGGGGAUGUCGAACUCGAUGGGGGACGGAGAGAUAUCUGAGCAGCGGGACUUUAUACCACUGGAAACUGAUAACAACCACAACAACCGAGCCGCCGGCAGGGGCGGCGGCGGCAGUGGAGGAGGAGGGGUGCAGCAGCAGGGCAGUGGGGUCGCUGUGGUUUGGAGGGGGCUUUCGGACGUAGCCGGACACCCCAACAAAAGGAAAAGAGACAACAAGGCUAGCACUUUCGGAUUCAAUUCUAGCCUCUUGCACAGUGGCAGCAGCUCUGAGACGGGAGGCUACGCUGGUUACACGGGCACGCCAUGGAAAGUCAGGAACUACUCUGAAGGGAUCAUUGGGUUACAUGAGGAGAUCAAUGACUUCUACCAGUAUAUCUCCCCACGGCCGGAGGAGGAGAAGAUGAGGCUGGAAGUGGUAGACAGGAUCAAGGGAGUCAUCUAUGACCUCUGGCCCAGUGCUGAGGUCCAGGUGUUUGGGAGUUUCAGCACUGGUCUUUAUCUGCCAACGAGUGACAUUGACCUGGUGGUUUUUGGAAAAUGGGGGACGCUCCCACUCUGGACUUUGGAGGAGGCUCUCCGGAAGAGGAAUGUUGCAGAUGAGAACUCCAUCAAAGUUUUGGACAAGGCCACGGUUCCCAUCAUCAAGCUGACUGACUCGUUUACUGAAGUCAAAGUGGACAUCAGCUUUAACGUGAAGAGCGGCGUGAAAGCAGCCCGGCUCAUCAAGGAAUUCAAAGAGAAAUACCCUGUGCUGCCUUACCUGGUGCUGGUGCUGAAGCAGUUCCUGCUGCAGAGGGAUCUCAACGAGGUUUUCACCGGGGGAAUCGGCUCCUACAGCCUCUUCCUCAUGGCUGUCAGCUUCCUGCAGCUCCACUAUAGGGAAGAUGUUUGUAGUCCCAACACCAACAUCGGGGUCCUACUCAUCGAAUUCUUUGAGCUCUACGGUCGCCACUUCAACUACCUGAAAACCGGCAUCAGGAUAAAAGAUGGAGGCUGCUACGUUGCCAAAGAUGAGGUUCAGAAGAACAUGAUGGAUGGCUACAGACCCUCCAUGCUGUACAUUGAGGAUCCCCUGCAGCCAGACAACGACGUUGGCCGGAGUUCAUACGGUGCCAUGCAGGUGAAACAGGCGUUUGACUACGCCUAUGUGGUGCUCAGCCAUGCCGUGUCCCCCAUCGCUAAGUUCUAUCCCAAUAAUGAGACAGAGAGCAUACUUGGUCGAAUAAUCCGGGUGACUCAGGAGGUGGAUGAAUACAGGGAAUGGAUCAGCAAGCAGUGGGGGAGCCAGUCUCAGAACGACCCACCACUCAACAGAAAUGAUGUCACGCUGCUGGUGGAGCCCCAGCAGCUCGACGAGUGCAACAACAACGUUCCAGAUGAUGAUGUGGUGGUUCUACCACCGGUUCCCCGCAGCAAAACCUCCUCCAACUCCUCCUCUCCAUCCCCUUCAGUGCAUUCCUCUCCCUCCUCUUCACCGCUGUCGCAAUCCUCCUCCUCCACCGCCUCCAGCUCCAGUGACGCGGACUCUGACGGUACCCCUUGUAAGACAGCCAAGCAACAGUCUGGCCGGGGCUCCAGCACCCACAGAGAAACGUCCAGCGGCGUCACCAAUCAUCGAACACAGAGCCACUCCACCAGCACUCCACCAGGAAGCAACAAGGGAGGGAAGGCCAGGACGUCUCGUUCCCACCACAAGAGCGGCCACCACGGGCAGCAGAACUCCUCCUCCAGCACCAAAGGUCAUCAGAGCCACAAGCCACAUCACCAGGGCAACAGCAAGAAGAGGAAAAAUCAGCGGGACUCCACGCAAGAGGACCUCUGCAGAUAGGGGCCAGCUCACCGCCCCCCGUCCUUGUCUACUACUGACUGACUGACUGACUGUCCUACUUCUGCUGCCAGACUCCAGCCUGUGGAGGUUGUUAGUAGUAUUCAGCAUCUUUAUUGGUCUCUCUCUCAAGCUUUUUUUGGGGGGACGAGCAACGUUUUAUAGCAGAAAAAUGAACAAAAAAAGAAAUAUUAUAGGAAAGUUCUUGGACCUGAACUGAAAUCAUGAAGGAUUAACUCAAUUGCUUCACAGUGGCUUCUUUUAUGGAGUCCUUUUCCCCACAACCAGCACCGACACAAUAUGCCUCUUGCGCCUCCAGGUGUACAGGAGGAGACAGGACAGGUGUCUGGGAUCUACUGUGGAGCAGUCCCUGGAACUGCUGGAUGUACUUUUCAGUGAGGAAGAUAAAAUGAUUAACAAAAAAAAAAUAAAUAAAAAAAGAAAGAAAAUAAAGAAAAGAAGAAAAAGAGGCAAAUGACUAAAAAUGUACAAAAACCUUAUGUUGGGGAAAAAAACAUGUACACAGAUUUUUAAAGAUGGUAAAACUAAAAAUGCAAUCGUGAGAGUUGGGACAUAACUUAUGCAUGAGAUUUCUUUUUGUUGAUGGGUGGUCUGUUUUUGUUAUGUCUGAACAAAUUAUACAAAGAUUUGUACAAAAAAGACAAACAAGCAAAAACUCUUUAAAAAAAAAAUACAAGUAAGAGGAAAUUGUUUCAUAUUACCUUUUUACAAGAUAUACCAAUUCAAGACAUGUAGGCGUACACAUUUUUUACCCCCCUGGUUUUUGGCAAAGCCAAGAGCUGGCCUGGGUCCCAUUGCCAACAUAAAUCAUCAGCAUCUGUUUCUUACUCCUGAUUGCUCUCUGUGAGUGUGUUACAGUGUUAGCAUUUAGCCAUUAGUGAGCUAAUGCACACGCACAGCCCUAUAGAUGACUGGAUGGAGCCUGAUGUUUUCACACAGCUCGAUAGCACAGCCACACACAGUUUAGAGGCUUUAAGACUACAGGUUUAAAUUAGUAAGGGGUGAUAAUGGUUUUAUUGAAAAAUCCUACACUUGAAAAAAAAAAAAAAGAAAGUGUUAACGAUCCAACGGUGGGUGGUAAUCUAUUCCCUUGGUAAUUUACCUACUAUAAAAUCAUUUGUAUUUGUUAAAUGUAUUUAUUUUUUUAUUAAUUAUAUGGAUAUAGUAUGGAUAUGAUACGUAUUAUUAACAUUAGAGCCCGUAUGCUUGAGUCCUGCAUUUGAGAUAGGAUAAGUUGAGAUAUUUGGGGGGGGGGGUUAAGAGUGGGUGGGGGGUAUGGUUCAUCAGGUGAGAUACAAUGUCACAGUAAUGUUAUUUCAUUGCCUUUUCUUUCAGUGAUAGUGACCAAGUUACUUUGAAAAAUUGAGACCAUUUUACAAGUCAUAUGGUGGAGAAAAAAAUGUGUUUUAUUACGUGGCUGGUCUACUUACUUUAAAAGGGAGCUGUAUCUUUUUCCUUUUUUUGUCUUUUUUUUUUUUUUUUUUUUUUUUUUUUAAAUACAUCAGCAACAAACACUUCUUUGGUUAUGUCAACCCCCCACUCUCAUUGCUGUACAACAACUAACCUGUAGAUGGGGCCAUCGCUCCAGUCUGAGUCCUCACAAGAGUUUGCGCUUGUAUACUGCAUUUGGAUACUUGGAUGGUUAAUUUACGCGUUACUUCCGUGAUAAAAAUGGUUUUAUAUAGUGUCACAGUUGAAUGAGCAGCUCCACAUAGACAACAUGUGCUUGCUUCAGAGGGUAACACAACAAAGCACACCACAACCACCUGGUCGUCUCACCCCCCCCAAACGUCCCACGGUAAAUACAUUUGGCCAGCAAUAACUACCACCUUACUGUACCUACUUGUCAGACAUUAACUGUCACUGUACUGGACAAAUACCAGACUACUACAAUUAUAUUCACCACCACAAUCAUCACAGUGACCACCGCCAUACUCAAGGCACUAAAGUGAAAGACGGCAUAGCUACUCAUUCCUCGGCAAGUGUGCUUUUCUUUUACUUUUUGUUGAGUCGAUGCGCUAUUGGUGUUGAAAAUGAGCAAGUGAUGGUGGUACCCACACUCACCCCUUCCUCCUCCGCAAUACAGUUACGGUUUAAAUGCAGUAUAUAAGUGCUGGCCUGGAGGUGGAUGGACAGAGAGGAAAGGUGAAAUCUGUCAGCAGUGCCAUCUGAAUGUCCUUCGAUCAUCUUCUCACCUCACUGCGGGAAUACUUCAAAACCCACCUGUACUCAUCUGAAUUGUUGUUUCUCUGCAGCUAUUACAGUUCAUGCAAUAAACAAACACAGUACAAUUAAA